AUGCACAUCGCUCCCGUUCAGGUAUACAGGCCGGCCGACCGCCUGCCCGAAACAGAAGUCAUCAUUUGCCACGAUUUAAUGCUCCCAGCUGUCCGAGCCGCGACACUGAGGGGGCGCCUACAGACCCUGUCUCAGUACACAGCCUACGCACACCGGUUGUCGAGAAUGGAGCACUCACACCGUGACCGACACCAGCUGUAUGUACACCGCCUUCCCUUCUUCUCAAUGGAGUCGACAACACACCGCCUGCCCGAAAGCAUUAUCGCGAAGAGGAGGGUAGAGAUCGCGUUCCGCGAGCGGCGUGAUGCCGCAAACCAGAAGAGCUCAUGGCGCGAUGCCCUUUACACCACGCUCACGCGGUUCGGUAACGUCAACAUUGCAAUCGUCCAUCUCUCACCCUUUACUGUACUGUCAGCUGUCAGCAAUCUGCUCGAUAAGCUAGUCUUGGCUCCCAUGAACGGUUGUAUCGUGGUCUCUGUUAAGGUCUCCCUGCUCCCUCUCAUGUACCUAAGCCGUUCCAGGAUCGGAAGGUACGUGCUCGACAGACAGAGAACACAUGCCAAGCCCCCCGGUUUUGCGCUCGAUAGGCUACCACGAUCCACCGCGUGGCGACUCUACGCACGUCCCGACGCUGUGGAUCUCGAGCCUGAUUUGAUGCCCGUUACCGUUGCGAGGGAGGUGGUGGUAGCGAGCGACGAGGACCUGUGUUCACGAAGGCGAGCGACCGAGACUGCUGGCGGUGGCCAGCCGGCGACCACACGCGUCGCAACCCUGGACAAGGAACGCGCGAAGCCCGCCCAAGAUGACGAUAAAGCGCUGCUCCUGACGAUGGGCAAGCAGGCCAAAGAGCUACACGCAGCGAUAAAGAUCAUGCUCGAUGCGUGGAAGAAGUCGGAAGCAUGGAACAAGAACGUUGAGGCGGAGCUUCGCGUGGUCACUUCGGAGCUGCAAACACGCUAA